UAUUUAAUAAUGUAUAUAGCAUAUAUAUAUAUAUAGUGUGAUUGAUUGUAGCAUAUCAAUAAAUAUAACCGACCAAGUUUCAAUUUACAUAACACGGAGAAAUUAAAAGAAAAAAAACAAUAACAUAUAUCUCGGAGAACACUGUGUUUUGUGUGUGUGUGUGUGAGAGAGAAAGAGAAAGAGAAUAUGGAGAUGGAGGGAAUUGAGCACAGAACUGUGAGCGUUAACGGCAUAAACAUGCACCUAGCCGAGAAAGGCGGCGAAGGCGGCCCUGUUGUUCUCUUCCUUCACGGCUUCCCGGAGCUCUGGUACACAUGGCGCCACCAGUUAACGGCGUUUGCCGCCCUCGGUUACAGGGCGGUGGCGCCAGACCUCCGCGGCUACGGAGAUUCUGAUGCGCCGGCCGAAGCUUCCAGCUACUCGUGCCUCCACGUGGUGGGCGACAUAGUGGCGCUGAUUGAAACCCUCGGCGGCGGCGGCGCGCCGGUGUUGUUGGUGGCGCACGACUGGGGGGCUAUGAUUGCGUGGUACCUCUGCUUAUUCCGUCCGGAUUUGGUGAAGGCGUUUGCUGCUUUAACGGUGCCGUUUCGUCCCAGGCAUCCUAAGAUGAAACCUGUUGAAGGCAUGCGAGCUUUCUUUGGAGAUGAUUACUAUAUGUGCAGAUUCCAGGAACCUGGAAAGAUAGAGUCUGAAAUUGCAGAAUAUGGAGCAGAAAAGGUGAUCAAGAAAAUCCUGGCAGACCGUUCACCCGGUCUGCCCCGUUUACCCAAAGAAAACCCGUUCGGGUCCAAAACUGAUGACAUCAAAUUACCACCAUGGCUUUCUCAACAAGACCUCAACUUUUAUGCUCAAAAGUACGACAAAAAGGGCUUCACCGGCGGACUCAACUAUUACCGCGCACUUGAUUUGAAUUGGGAGCUGACAGCGGCAUGGACAGGAGCAAAAGUGAAAGUACCGGUGAAAUUUAUAGUAGGGGAUAUUGAUAUGGUGUACAACACACCAGGAGUUAAGGAAUAUGUUCAUGGAGGUGGAUUCAAGAAUGAUGUUCCACUACUAUGUUUCAUUAUAUUAAACUCUAUUUUUCUUAUAAAGCCUACCCAUCGAAGCCCAAAUGAAUUAUAUGAUAUAACACCGCCAUAUUCCUUCUCUUUUCCUAUUUUCUACAUUAUGUAUUCUGAGCUCUACUUCUCCCUUGUUUCGUCGGAAAUUGUCUACUAA